ACCACGCUCCAUUCCCCUUUCCUUUAGCCCCUCCUCCGCCCCGCCCCGCAUCAGCAGUAGCAGGCAUCAGCAGGCCCCUCCACUCCCGUUUCUCGUGUCCGAUUGUGCGCGCAAGCCUGCAGAGCCUUCCCACGGAUCGUAAUGCGAAUUGGGUUCCGGUGGAAUUCCGCGGCGUUCCGUGAGGGUGGCGAACGAGGAGGAGGGUUGAGAGUUGGGUUGUGCGGUAGAUUGGUGGAUGGUUAGGGUGGAGGAUUGUUGCGGAGUGAAGAGAUUUCGUGGAGAUUGGUUUGAUGCGGUGGAUUUAGAAGAGGAGAGGGGUGUGUAGAUUGCUAGAGAGAAAGCGUGUGUGAGAGAGUGAGAGCGGUUAGAGGGAGUAACGCAUGUCUGCGUCGUCGCCCUCGUUGUCGGUGUUCACUAUACUCUCUCUUUCUCCCUUUUCGCUGGCUCUGUCGCCGUGCUUGUUGUCACUGUGUUUCUACAUAGUUGCAUUGUCGGUGUUCGUUGCCCCCUUUUUCUCCAUCUCGCUCUCGCGGUGUCAAUUCCUCGUGUUCUCACUUUACGACUGCAUUCCUCCAACGCUCUUCUUCUCGCUUUACGUGUUUUUGUCUCUAUCGCUUAGCUUGUCUAUCUGCCUUUCCCUCUCUUUCGUCACGUUUGCGAAUUCUAUAGCUAUGUCGAAUUGAGCUUGCGGCCAGCUGGACUUUGGACGUAUCGUGCUGCAUUGCGCCUCGGGACAUAACUCACGAGGAGGGAGCCGCACGCGCUUGAAGAGGCAAGGGCCUCGAUUUCCACCGAUAAGAUGGCGAAACCUGGCUCAAGCGGGGAUGAGCAGUUGCCGUCCAAUGAAGAGAGAGGAUGCGAGGGUAUACGGUCUAGGUUGCCUUUGACGACGUUAGAAUUAUUUUUCGUGUCGGUCAUUUUUGGGAUGUUCUCGAUUACGUUGUUGUGCAUAUAUAUUACCAUGCCUAGUGUAGAUCAGAAAUUCCUGAAGAUCCCUCGCACUGUGGAAGAGUUGCGCACGUUGACGGAAUACGUCUCAAAGUACACAGAUAGCUACAAGCCGCAAGUCCUGGCGGGCUUCUGCGUCACCUACAUAUUUAUGCAGACGUUUAUGAUCCCUGGAACAAUCGUAAUGUCACUUCUGGCGGGUUCUCUCUUUGGCAUAGCUGAGGGUGCGGCGUUGGUGAUUUUUACGGCUACAGCUGGAGCUUCUUCUUGCUAUUUUUUGUCCAAACUAAUUGGUCGUCCACUUGCAAUGUGGCUGUGGCCUGACAAACUUCGUUUCUUCACUCGAGAGGUUGCCAAACGAAGGGACUACUUAUUCAACUACAUGCUGUUUUUGAGAGUUACACCAACCUUGCCAAACACUUUUAUCAAUGUUUGUUCUCCAAUCGUAGGUGUUCCCUACCUCACUUUCCUCGUGGCUACAAUGCUCGGAUUGCUGCCUGCUACAUUUGUUACUGUUCGGGCUGGUGUUGCACUGAAUACCCUCAGGAGUUUCAAUGAGCUGUAUGACGUCAAGACUGUAGGUGCUCUCUUCGUUAUUGGCUUUGUAUCAAUUAUGCCAGCUAUUAUGAGUAAAUUUCAAUCCCAGGAUUCCGACAGGUCUCAUAGCAGCUGAUUCUUGCUGUUCUUCACAAUUGAUUUGUUUGAACGGCAUGCGUACCUGCCAUCAACAUCUGACACGAGAGUGAAGGCAUGUUCAUAUUGGGAGGUGAUGAUCAACCAUAAGCUUUCAUAUUUACCUACCUCUUGAUGUACUCUGGAAAAUAGAAUACUUUGUUUCGAAAACGUGGUAUACCAGAGGAUUCUGCAUGCGUUGGCGAACUCUCCACUCAUCUUUUUUUCUCUCAUUUUCAGUUUGUUUCACAGAUUUAAAUAAUGUAAAUACACCAGCAUUGCGACAGGAUUCAUCUCUUAGAAGUUUAGUGUUUAUCAUGCUAAGAGGUUAAAGCAUGGUUUCAUAGCAUGCUAGAAUCUGGCAGGACGUUUAGUAGAUACCUUUAAUGGGUGACAGUAGGUGUAGUGAAUUAUCCCAGUUGAUAAUUGACUGGUGUUGGGAUAUAUAGCAAUGCUAUUGUUUAUUGCUUAAAAUACACUAGAAAAACAGAAAAAAAAAAAUAAUAAAUUCUAACUUCAAAAUAAAUUGAUGUAACUUUGAAUAUUUGGCAAUAUAAAACUUGAGAAUCAUUGCUUAA